AUGCUGGCGCUGGGGCAGAUGGACGGCGCGCCCCGGCAGAGCGCCUUCCUGCUGGGCAGCCCGCCGCUGGCCGCCCUGCACAGCAUGGCCGAGAUGAAGGCGCCGCUGUACCCCGCGUACCCGCUGCCCGCCGGGCCCGCGUCCUCCUCCUCCGCCUCCGCCUCGCCCGCCUCCGCCUCGCCCCGCCCGCUCGGCUCCCCGGGCGCCGCCGGCCUCAAGCCGCCCCCCGCCGCCGCCGCCGCCGCCGCUGCGGGCGGCCUCUCGGCGCUGGGCUCGGCGCCGCCGCAGCUCUCGGCCGCCACCCCGCACGGCAUCAACGACAUCCUCAGCCGGCCCUCCAUGCCCCUGGCCGGCGCCGCGCUCGCCUCCGCCUCGCCCUCCGCCUCCUCGGCGGCGCCCGCGGCGCUGCUGGCCGGGCUGCCCCGCUUCGGCACCCUCAGCCCCCCGCCGCCGCCGCCGCCGCCGCCGCCGCCCCCGCCGCCGCCGCCGCCCCCGCCGCCGCCCGGCCUCUACUUCAGCCCCGGCGCCGCCGCCGCUGCCGCCGCCGCCGCCGCCGCCGCCGCCGUGGCCGCGGGGCGCUACCCGAAGCCGCUGGCCGAGCUGCCCGGCCGGACGCCCAUCUUCUGGCCGGGGGUGAUGCAGAGCCCGCCGUGGAGGGACGCGCGCCUCGCCUGCGCCCCCCAUCAAGGCUCAAUUUUGCUGGAUAAAGACGGAAAGAGAAAACAUACACGACCCACUUUUUCUGGCCAGCAGAUUUUCGCCCUGGAAAAGACUUUUGAGCAGACGAAAUAUUUAGCGGGACCGGAGAGGGCCAGGCUAGCCUAUUCGCUGGGGAUGACAGAGAGUCAAGUCAAGGUGUGGUUCCAGAACCGACGGACCAAGUGGCGGAAGAAGCACGCGGCGGAGAUGGCCACGGCCAAGAAGAAGCAGGACUCGGAGACGGAGCGGCUCAAAGGCGCCUCGGACAACGAGGAGGAGGAGGACGACGACUACAACAAGCCGCUCGACCCCAACUCGGACGACGAGAAGAUCGCGCAGCUGCUCAAGAAACACAAGCCGGGCGGCGGCGGGCUGCUGCUGCCCGCCGCCGAGGGGGAGGCCUCCGCCUGAGCCCCCCGACGGGCGGCCGGAUCCGUCCCCGAGCCUGCCCCCGGCGGCUUUUGUAAAUAAACCGCGAGUCACGCUGACCGGUGACUUAGAGACGUUCCUCGACUGUGAAUAUUUAAAAUGUAAAAUACCUUUUUUUCUCCCCCUUUUUUUGUAUAGAAAGAGCCGCUUCCGUCGGUGUCCCCCCCCCCCUUUUCCCCUCCCGGGCCGCGGCCCUCCUCCCCCGCGACAGGAAGCCCCGGCUCCCCCACCUCGAAUUGCACACGCCCUUCAUGCUAUUUAUUAGUAUUUUUGAAAUACUUCUUCUUCUCUUUUUCUUUUUUUCUUUCUUUUUUUCCUUUCUUUCGGUUGUUGUCGUGAAGAGGGAGGGGGGAGAGGGCAAGUUGACAUAGUUUGCUUUAACUUAACCCGUUUUCCAAUAAAAGUGCGUGUUGAAAAGUAGAUGGUGGGAAUUGUCACAACCACUUUCAGUCAGAAUAUAAAAUUCAUUUAGUUGCUGUAAUUGACUUUAAAGUGUGUUUUCUUUUGUAUCAUAAAGAAUACUAGAGAAUGUAAAUUGUUUUCUUUUUUUUAAGCUAAUAGCGAUGAUAUAUCGUGAUAUAGCGUCUUAACAUUUAUUAAUUUAUAUUAAAAAUAAUUCGGUUUGUAAAGAGAAGAAAAGCCCUUUGCAAGACCAGUUAAAUGUAAUGCACUUUCUGUUUAAAAAACGAUAAAUCAAUUAAACCAGUUUAAAGACGUCUGCUGCCUUCACUAAAGGGUACAGAUAAUCUGAUCUCAUCAGAGAUCGAAUAAUAAA